UCUUGACUGAACAUUUGUCUUCGCAGUGCCGAAAAUUAAGUGAAUUAAAUUAUUGAAUCAUAAAAUGGAAUGGCAGGUCCACCUGAUUUUAAAUGAUCAGGGAGGUCAUCGCAGAUAUAGGACCGCACAUUUCAUUUUAAACGAUUCCAAGGAGAUCGUUAAGUAUCCUGGGUUCCUAUAUAAACCAGAAACACAAGCAGUCCAUCAAGAGGCCUAAAUGGAACAUUUCACUCAGUUAACUUUGUCUGUACUAUCUGUUUAUUAGUAUUAGGGUUCCUUCAAAAUUAUUUUAAUAAAAGUUUUGAUUGAA